AUGGCGGCUAUCAGCAACUGGCUGUGGGGCACGUCCCAGCUUGACGAAGCUGUAGUGUGUUGCGAGGGAGCGCGCAAGGCAAGGCGAGGCGAGGCAGAGCUGACGUGGUGCAUAGACAAGGCGACGUCGGAGCUGAUCCCGAGCGGCACGGAGGACGUCGCGCUCAACCUCGAGAUAUGCGACCAGAUCCGGUCCAAGUCCGUCUCCGCGCGGGACGCCAUGCGCGCGCUCAAGCGCAGGCUCAACCACAAGAACCCCAACGUGCAGCUUCUCGCGCUCGGGCUGACGGAUACGUGCGUGAAGAACGGCGGGGACCUGUUCCUCGUCGAGGUCGCGUCGCGCGAGUUCAUGGAUAAUCUCGUUUCGAUACUGAAGAUGCCCGCGCUCAAUCACCAAGUCAAGGGCGACAUUCUCAGAUGCGUACAGAAUUGGUCGCUCGCGCUUGAGGGCAAGCCGAGCCUCAGCUACGUCGGGCAGGUGUACAAGAACCUCAAGGCUGACGGCUUCGACUUCCCGCCGAAAGACCUCGCGCUCGCCAACGCGGCGAUGGUUGACACCGCGGUGGCGCCCGAGUGGAUCGACUCGGACGUGUGCCUGCGCUGCCGCGAGCCGUUCACAUUUACGAACCGGAAGCACCACUGCCGCAACUGCGGACAGGUGUUCGACCAGCAGUGCUCGGCCAAGAGCGUGCCGCUCCCGCACUUUGGCAUCCAGCAGCCCGUGCGCGUGUGUGAUGGGUGCCAUGCGAAGCUGCACCAGAAGGCGGAGAAGAGUGAUCGGGUACAUCGACAUACAGCGAGCAUGUACAGUUCGCGGCACCGCAACGCGCGGGAUCUCCAGGACGCGGACCUGCAGCGCGCGAUCCAGCUCUCGCUCGCCGAGGUCGGCGCAGCAGGCUCGAGGCGCCCGGGCUACGUUCCCGCGCAGCCGUCCCCGUCCGCAGCCGCAUGGUCCGAGCCACCGCUCGUCGACCGGAGCACGCACCCCAGCCACGCCCCGGAGGAAGAGGACGACCCGGAUCUGAAAGCUGCGAUUGAAGCGAGCCUGCGCGAGGCGAGCGCGCCGCGGCCGAGUGCGCCUGUGGAAGUAUCCGUGCCCGACAGUGCGUCGCUGUACUCGCAGAGCAACGGCAAUGGGUUGUCGCAGAGCUAUCCGCCGACGGUGACGCCUACGCCGGCGGUGCCCACGGCGCCGAGGAUACCGAGCUACGAUCUGGAGCCGCUGGAGGCGGAUGUGAUUAUGACGUUUAGCCAGACGGUGGAGCAUGUGCAGGCGCAGGGCGGGGAUAUGUCGCGGUAUCCGGCGGUGAAUGAGUUGUAUGAUAAGGCGAAUGCGCUGAGGCCGAAGAUGGGGAUGAGCUUGGAUGAUACGGGGAGGAAGGAGCAGAUGCUGUCGGAGAUGCACGACAAGCUGUCGCAGGCGGUGAAGCUGUACGACAAGUUGCUCACGGACCGGAUUAAUAACCCAGCGUGGAGAAGUCAACCUGCGUCGGCGCACCCGGGCGCGCCGGCUGGCGCGUACGGCCAGCCUUGGUCGCCUGUUCAGCAGCAGCAGGGCGUGUACGCCCCUCCCCAUUCCGACUCGGCUGGCUACGCCUCCGUGUACGCACCCAGCUAUGCGCCUGCACCACCCCAGUCGUACCCGUCGCAACCACAAUAUGCGCCCUCUCCCAGCGCCAGCGCGCCGCACGAGGCGAUUCAGCCGACACAGACGGGCCAGUCGCAGGCGUGGAACUAUUCGCAGCAGCAGUACGCGCAGCCGCAGGCACCACCGAUGUCCCCGCCGCCUGUUCAGGCGCCGCAGCCCGCGCCUGCGCCACCAGUGGGCCCGGGCGGUGGCUACCAGUCGUUCGCGGCUGCGAUGUCUCCGCCGUCGGCGCCGACGCCUGCCAUCGGGUCGCCCUACACAUCGUCUCAGCCGCUUUCGGCUCCUGCACCGCCACCGCCUGCUUCGUCGCUGUCGAGGCAUCACACUGUCGCUGCGGGCUCGGGGUCGGGGCACGCGUCGUUCUCGCCACCGUCCGCGCCGGCGCAGGGAGCAGGGUUGGGUCGGGCGUCGACUGUUUCGUAUGGGCAGCCGUAUGGGCAGCCGUAUCAGCAGCAGCAGCAGCAGCAGCAGCAGCAUCAACAACAACAUCAACAUAUAGGUGCGGCGCCGGCGCCGCCGAGUGCGCCACCUGGGCCUGCGCAGCAGAUGCCGCAGUUUCCUGCUGUGCCGACGGGGGCGCCGCAGGGGUACUAUGGGCCGGCGGUGCCACAGAUGGCGCCGCAGCAGGAGCGGAGGGAGGAGAUGUUGAUUGAGCUGUGA